ACGUGCGCAUGCGCUUGUAAAAUAGCAGGAAAUGAAAUGUUGCAGUGACAGUACCUAGGAGUGAAGUGAAACAAUUCUAUAUUCAUUACAAAGAAGACAAAGCAAAACUGUGAUGACAAGAAUCAUGACAAGUUAAUGUGUUUUACUCUUAUAAGCGUGCCUUUUCUAGGCUUAUUGGCUUGUAAUGGUGUGGAUUUUCUCUGUUGGAACGUGGAAGGAAUCGUGUUUAUAUUAUAUUUAUGAUGAUGAGACAGGCAAUCUCUGAAACACAUGUCGAACAUUACCAGUUUUAGAGCAAUGACUCUCUUCGGUGGAACUGCCCAAACGACAGUGGAAGUGGCAAAUAUUCAGGGACCAAAGACGAUCGACGAAUUCGGCUGCAGGCAUGGGGCCCUUAUGGGAACAUUGGGCCUCUUUGUACAGGGUCUGCUUGCCUUCUUGGCUUUUACCUCCUUAAUAGGUUGGUACCCAUUUUUCUCCUUGGUAUAUGAGUUGAUAUUAAAUAAGUGUAAUUUUUAUUUCAUAUUUGACAGGUAUGUGAUUAACUUCCUCCUGGACUCCACCAUAGGGCUGUUUGUUGUGUACAUAGGUCUUAAGGUGGCCCAGUGGAUAGUGAUCAGGAAAGGCUGGGAAUCUCUCAAGUUUGGGGAGUAUGGUGACCCUCCACAGUGUAACACAUGGGCAGGACAGUGUGCUCUCUAUAUAUUAGUCAUGGUUUUUGAGAAGAUUGUUAUAACACUCUUGGUGCAGUUCAGUUUUUGGGACAAGGUGAGAGAUGUGAUUUUGUCACCAAUCAAAGACCCACACCUAGAACUGAUUAUAGUGAUGUUUGUAGUGCCUUUAAUUGUCAAUGCUAUAAUGUUCUGGGUUAUAGACAAUUUCCUGAUGAUGAAGAAACUGAAACUGAAAGCGUUCUCCACUCCAGUGGAUUCCCCGGGAGCCUCUGUUCGCUAUUUCAGUGCAUCAAAUCGUGUCAAAUACUACGACAAACCAGAGAGGGCAGACAACUCAGAUUCUGAUGAGCCCUUGGACUUACAGGAUGACUCGUCUGAUACAGAAAUUAGAAUGAACGGGAGUCCUCUGCGUGAUAGGCAUCAUUCAGAGAGUUUGGAAACCAACAGGCUGAUCUGAUAAAGUUAUUUUUAAAAUCUUAUUAAAUGAACAUCAUUGGGAGCAUAUCGUUUUCACUGUGAUGGGUGUAAGGAUACUUGUGAAUCAAAAUUAUUUCUGGGACAUAAAUGAUUCAAUUUGGUCUAUUAUGCCAAUGCUUUGGUGCCAACGGGAAUUUUUUAAGUUUUGGAAUCAAUGUUGGUAAUGGGUUGAAGUACCUAAAUAGCAAACUUACUGUUGUUUAUGAUGUAAUUAUCAUCAUGGUAUGUUGAUGGUAUAGUUUUGAGUAAUGGCACAUAUUGCUACUUUUUUGAAAGGCAAACAUAUCCUGGAUUGCUUAAUAUUAGCAGGGUAAAAUAAGGAAUUAAUUUAAAUUUUAAUUUAAAAAAAACCAAGAGGAACAACCAGGAUGAGUUGUACAGACUGGUUCCCCAUCUUUAGUUUCUGUAGUAGAACCCUCAGUCAGUGGAUGUGGGGAUAUUCGAGACAGGCAAUGAGACACUUUGUUUAUCUGUGGGAUUAAGGGCUCUUUCCCAAUGAAAUGAUAUGUCUACAUAGAUCAAUCCAACUAUGCUGGGACUUGCUGAAUGUUAUCAUAUUAAAAAAUGGCACGCUUCCCCCUGGUAUUGAGUAGUAAAGAUGUUGAUUACAUAAGUACAUUGGACAGGAGGAUGCAUGUUAUUCUGAUAUCAUUCAGCAUGGGUCCCUGGGGACCCAGAUUAAUCUAUGUAGACCAAGUUUCAUUGGGAAUGUGCCCUAAGACCUUGAAAUUUGAUGCAUCUGGCAUUGAAUUCUAUACAGUAAGACUUUGAAUGGCCUGAGUAUUGUUUUGCAGUCCUCAGAGGUGAUGGUGACUAAGGUGCAGCUAAAGUCUGUAGUUGUUUUAUUGUAUAAUCAAUACUUAAUGUUACAUUGUGUCCUUCAAGAAGUUCCAACAUCACUCAUCCAAGUGUAUAGUCCCAUUGAUGGUAUAGACCACUGAAUUGUUUCUUUUAAUCUAUUGGUCAAAAAGAAAUCCAUGAUCAUGUCAUCAGUGUAUGUCAUCAUGGGUUUAAGAUCAAAAGAUGUCUUAAUUACAUAAUAAUAUUCCAGAUUUCUCCAUUUCAACAUGAAGUGAUCAGCAUGUAUGCACACAGUGUUUCACCACUUUCACAUGCUUGAUUUUCAAUGAAUAACAUGAAGACAAUCAGCUCGUUCCCUUUCUCACCAAGCGCAAAGCAGCCCAAUUACAGUCAUAGGCAGGCCUAAUUAACAGUACAUGUUACUUAAAAUUUCCUUGUUAAGUGCCUAAUUUUAAAUUAGUUUUUAUAGAGAUACCAGUGCUAGUAUAAUAGCACAUAGUGGUAUGAGGCAGAUUUAGGAGAUAGAUACAUUUAAGGCAUUGAGGGCAUAUUCAGCCUUUUCUCAGAUUGCAUUUGUAAGAAGUGAUGAGCACAAAUAUUAGACAUAGUUAAUACACAUAAUGUGUGCAAUAUGGUUAAACUUUUAUAUGGUUUAGGAUGGGGAGCGGGAUUUGCUUGCAGGCUCUCACAAAUCUCUAGUUUUAAUUGUUAGCUUUUGAAAGUUAAAUGUACUGUAGAAAUGACUAUAAUAAAUUUAGAUAUUUUUAUUUAUUAUAAAUUAAUUUGGGUUAAAGUUUACUAAGUGCGAAAUAAAACA